UCCUCUCCAUUGGUGCACCAAAGCAAAAGAAGGGAAAUUAUUCGAUCUUUCAAUUCACCAAUUAAAAACAGCUCAAGCAAUGGCAGCGGGAGGAUUUGAAAAGAAUAACAACAACAUUAAAGAAAGCGAAGAAGAUCUAAAGAGGAGAAACGAAGAGCUCGAACGAGAGUUAAAGAAAAGCAGAGAAAGAGAAGAGCAAACGAGAGUCGAGCUUCAGAAAGUUCUGGCACGGCUGCGUUUGGCGGAGGAAGCUGAAGAAAUGCUAUGUUCACAGCUCGGAGAACUUGAAGCUGAGGCCGUCACUCAGGCACGUGCCUACCACGCGCAGAUUAUCUCUCUUAUGAACCAGCUCUCCAAGGCUAACCAAAAUCAUAAAGCUGCCAUUACCGUGUAAUUUCUGGAAAAAAAAAAAAGGCUCGUCUGUGGGAUCAAUCCGCAGCGAAACUUAUUCUUCUCUGGUAAUUUGUAAGUUAAUUUGUUUGUUAUGAUGUAUUGAUUUUUGUAACAAAAAUUUGUUUUUUUUUUUUUCAAUUUACAAAUGUCAUCGGUUGAAUCCCUAGUUAUAAUAUCAGAAAACCAAAAUUGUCCUUUUGAAUUUA